GAUGCUCGGCGCUGAUUGGCGGGGCGCGGCGCGGCGGGGAGGUGCGGCGCUGAUUGGCGGGGCGCUGAUUGGCGGGGCGGCGUGGCUGUCGGCCGGAGUGGAGGGCAGCGAUGGGCGCCGGGCUCAGCACGCUGCGUUGGGUUGUGACAUACCCUAUAUGGCUAAUUUACAGCACCAUCCGGAGGCUUUUUGGGAAUCCCUAUCCUGCAAUCACUCUGAAGGAUCCUGAAGUGAAGUAUGCAUUGAGGCUGAUAGAUAAAGAGGAAGUUAGUCAUGACACAAGAAGAUUUCGAUUUGCUCUUCCUUCAGUAGAUCAUGUUCUGGGUCUACCAAUAGGACAGCAUAUCUACCUGUCUGCACGGAUUGAUGGGGCUCUGGUUGUUAGACCGUACACUCCGGUCUCCAGUGAUGAUGACAAGGGCUUCGUGGAUCUUGUUGUCAAGAUUUACUUUAAAGGUGUCCAUCCAAAGUUUCCAGAUGGAGGGAAGAUGUCUCAAUACUUAGAGAGCCUGCAAAUAGGGGAUACUAUUGACUUCAGAGGACCAAGUGGCCUGCUUGUCUACAAAGGAAAAGGCGUGUUUGCUAUUCGGCCUGAAAAGAAAGCUGAACCAGUUACUAAAAAAGUCAAAUACGUGGGGAUGAUUGCUGGUGGGACUGGGAUAACACCUAUGCUGCAGAUCAUUCGAGCAAUCAUGAAAGACAAAGAUGACCACACUGUUUGUCAGCUGUUGUUUGCUAAUCAGACUGAGAAGGAUAUCCUGCUACGUUCAGAGCUAGAAGAGAUCCAAGUUCAGAAUCCCAGUCGUUUUAAGUGUUGGUAUACACUGGACAGAGCACCUGAAAGCUCCUUUGUUGUUUAAUGACUCGUGGGUUUAUGCAACUCAGAAUGCAUUCAGCAGCAUCAUUCCUCACAUCGUGAUGCACAGAAGCUUGAGAUAUUAUCAGUGUUUCCAAAGCUAUGAAGCUCACCUCAAGUGAAUGGUAGUGUAAUAAUGUUCCUCCCACGACUAGACUCGAAUAUUAGCCAUUAUUUACUCUGAUCCAAGGUAACCUUCCUUUCUCCUUCCCCUUAGCCAUAAAUAUAAGAUGGCACCAUAUUGUCUCAUGUUCAGAGCAUUCAUUAAGGCAGCUGUGAGAGGAGUGGCAGAGGCACUGCACCUCACUGAGAUGUGGCUGAAUGCAGACUCCUACCUAGCUGUCACAUGGUGGUUCGCACUAGGUGAUCUUUCUAGGCAGUGGAUUUGCCUUUGUAUUAACAGUGUUUCUCAAAGACAACGUGGUUCCAUCUUGGUGCAGUCCAGUUUUAAAGGUAACGUGAUCUAGUUGGGUGCUGUAGGUGAGAGGAUGAGCUAGCUAAAUGUGCCUUCCUCAGCUGUACAAGCUGGAGGAAGAAAAGCCUGAAGAGUUAUUGCCUAAGGUUUCCAUGUCACAUCAGGGUAGAUUCAUGCCCCUAUUCAGUGGUAGUUUGGAGCAGAGAGGGAAAAGCCACAUGCUCUCUUACCUUGUGACCAAGAAUACACCUUCCAUAGAGUGGUGGGGAGGGUUUUACUGUCCCCAGAGUCUGUUGCUGUCAUGCAAUCGUCUUCAAUUAGUGUUCUCCCUGAAUUUCUAAGGCAGCUUAGAUUUAGAUAAAAUUGUUGUUCCUUCUCUUCGGUAUUUGUGAAUUGUGAACUGAUCUUAGGAGUUGUGAUAAAAGAUCCUUCUUAGACCUUCUCAACACCGUUCUACAGAAUUCCACUACCACGCCUCUAAACAGACCUAAACUGGAUAUUUUUGGAUGGGCUGUGGGAGAAAAAUGUCUUAAUUUUAUUGUGCCUAAAGGUUUGGGUCAGCAGCGUUUUGCACCCAGAGCUGGGGAUAUGAUGGGUAAAUGUGAAUCCUAGUAUUAACUGAUUAGCACAAUGAGUGUUCCUACUGGGAGCAACAUCAGCUAGAGUUCUCCUAAUGAAGAUGUGAACUGUUGGGGUAAGGAGAACGGAUGUUAUUUUUUCACAGCUCUGCUUGGUAUUUCCUGGGGGCUUUUAGGAAGUUUUAUUAAAAGUUAGCCUGUUUUCUCCAUGUAUCAGUUUUCCAUCUUAAAAGCAGGAGUGGCAGAUCUUCCAUGUAGCAGAACUGUGUUGAGGACACUAAUGUGAACAGAGUGCACAGAUGCUACAGGCCAGAACAGAACAGGCCCAAUUAAAAAAAAAUGCACACACUACUAUUAUAAAGUGAUUUGUAUCUAUCUUUUCAUCUCCCCCCUCUUCAUUUUUUUUGUUUUUUAACAGAUUGGGAAUACAGCCAAGGAUUUGUGAGCCAGGAUAUGAUCAGAGACCACCUGCCCCCGCCUCAAAACGAUGUUCUGAUCCUCAUGUGUGGACCUCCACCAAUGAUCCAAUAUGCCUGCAUUCCCAACCUGGACAAACUGGGCUACACCAAGGACAUGAGGUUCUCCUUCUAAAGGAGACUGAUACCUCAGUGAUCUUGUGAGGAAGGGAAGAAAAUACAUUUAAUGGGGAACAAGACAGUUAGAGAGGUGGGUGAUGCACAGUACUGGGAAGCUACAUUUACAUUAAAAAUAAUUAACAUUUAUCUGAAUCUCUGGCCAGUUAGACACGUAAGCUUAACUGUAUCAUAACUGUACUGUAUGUUGCACAGAAACAACUCUAUUGCAGAGACAUAACGAUGUAUUGUACUUGCCUUGUCUGUCUUGUAGAAAUAUUAUACUCCAUCUCAAGGCAGGAAAGUAUAGCUUCUUAGGGCGGCAAAUACUUGUUUACACUUUUCUUAGCAAUGUAAAUCAAAUGCCAGUAAUAUCCUAUUUCCUAACACUGUGCAUACCCAGUAUUUGAUUUGGUAUGAAGUAUGAAAUAUAUAGAAUGAGCUGGAUUAUUGACCUUGCUUAUGCCAAACUUUAAUCCUUACAGAGCUUUUACUAUAUGAGGGCCAGGAGCCUUUGCCUUGUACGUAUAAUCUUUACAACACCAGAAGCUUAAAGAUUCUUGUUCAGUUGAAGGAUGACAAUUAACCAUUUAUGACUUACUGAAGUUGUUCAAGUUGCCUUGUUAAACAAACCAGGAGUAGACACCAAUAUGAAAUUUGUUUCCAGUAUAUUUUGGAAUAGCCUCUCUUCACUGCAAACACUCUUCCAGCUCAUCACAUCCUUGGGCAGUGAAGGAAACUAUGGAAAGCAGGAGGCUUUACACACAGUUCUACAAGUAGCUGGAAAUCUUUGCUUAUACAUGUGUUGAAUAAUGAAAAAAUUACUAACUUUUGUAUUUACUUUUGAAUAGCAGACAAUGCCAUAAGAGUAGGAAAACAAUUGUUCUGCAGGUUCUGUGCAGUGAAAAAUGCUGGGUGAAAAUUAGAUCCAGUUUUAGUUUCCUGUUUCCCAGAGUCUGAUUAGGAAUGAAAUCACCACCAAGGUGGGUUCCAGCAGGUAGCCCAGCUUCACGUGCAGUAUGCCUACAGUCAGGAGACUCACCUGCGUAUCUUGCUCUGGCAAAACCCCAAAGAGUUGGUAAGGAUUGCACGGAACAGCCUUAAGUCACCAAACUGACAGUAGAUAGAAAUGUCUCACUGAAUCUAAACUGUUCUUGGAUGCUGUUUACUAUAGCUCCAAUUUAUUUUUUUAAAUGUAAUUUUUUACAGCAACCUUUUACCUAACCUCUAGUAAACUUGAUGCAGCUUGCAUGCCGAACCUUCUGCUUCCAAACAGAUGCUACUGACAUUAGAGCUGUCCCUGCGAGGAAUCUGUGUAACUAAAAAUUGUGGUCUGGUGAUAAAAUCAGAGUGAUUGAAAAGAUGUCUAGUGGUAUGUGAAGUAAUGUGGAUGCUAGUUAGCUACAAGUAUCAGUGUAUAAUAAAUAUAACUUUUAAAAAAAAAAUUUGGCUAGGUAGUUGAAGCUAUAACUUGCCAUGCUUUCUUUUGUGCCUGUACAACAGAUGUGUACUGUGCAUUUAAAAGGUUUCUCAGCAUGAAUUAGAAGGAAAAAAAGAUAUUGCACAGUUAAUUUAAGGAACCUGAAGUGAAUAAUACUAUUAUUAAAUUUAUUUUAUUGACUAGACACUUGCUUCUGAAAUCUUGACUUUUUGAUGUGUGUUUCUGAAACUUAUUCUUUAAUACUAUGCUGUGGAGUUCAAAUAAUGCUCAAGUAAGUUUCAGUCCCUUUUUUCGUGAGGCAAAAAGCAGAAAUUUGAGAGAAAUUAUCUCGGAUGCUGGUUUGUAUCACUAGGGGAUAAACAAAGAUUUUUUUUCAUGACUGUAUUUAAUGAGGUUUUCAUAUCCAAAAUAGCUAGCUGGUAAUGCAUCAAUUUUUUCUAUUACUCUGCUUAUCUAAGUACUGGCUUUUUCACAUCUGUGUAAGAAAUAAUUUUGCAGGUGACUCGUCUAUGUGUUACAUAGCACAUCAUCUUCAGCCUCAUAAGAGAAAAACGUGUAGAACACUCCAGAAAGUUAAUGUUCAAAAAAAAAAAAGGGGGGGGGGUAGGAGGGGGGCUGUUUGAUUUGUUUACUUAAGUGCUUUUGUUUGAGUUUGGUGAAAAUUGCUGUAUUCAGAUGCUGAAUCAAGGAGCAAACUAUUGCUGUUUUUCACCCCAAUCUCUUAGUUUUAUCUUUACUUUAUACAUCUUCCGUGUGAAUAUGGGGCUCUUUUAAUAGAAAAAAUGAAGGUUUUUUUUUUAAUAUGAUCUGCUGAAACAAAACAAACGGGCCCUUUUGCUUGAUGGUCCUGUACUGUAACAUUUAAACAAGUAAUAAAAGUUGGGUUUGCAUCUC